UCCGUUUGAGAACAACACACACGGAAAUCAUUCAAAUUUACAAGGUCCCGGGCAUUGACUGCCUCCCGCGUGCUCCUAGAUAUCUCCAUAUCCCUAUAGGUAUGGUCGACGUUGUCAGGAGCAUCACAAAUCACAUAUAGGACACCUUUACAAACGGCUCCGUCAGCUGGGUUGCUACCAACGAUACGAGCGAUUUUGUUUUCUCGUCGACGUAGUGGCUCUAUCAACCUUAUAAACGGUCCUGUUUUUUCGUCGGCAACUGCCCAUACUGAGUUCAUGACAGACUUUGCACCACUUCCUCACUCGACCAAAAGAAGCGUACUCUUAAUGAGCGACGGAUUACCUUAUUCUCCCAUGGAAGGUGAUUCGCCUGGAAGCGGGUCACCCCCUCACACGGACGACUCAUCCAAGGGCUCAAGCCACAACAAACGGAAACGGACAACAAAAGCUUGCGACAUUUGCAAUAAGCGCAAAGUGAAAUGCGAUGGAAAACAACCAGCUUGCACACAGUGUCUAAACGGCGCUCUCACCUGUUCAUACGCAAGAGAAGCUAAGAAGCGGGGUCCUAAACAAGGACACCUUAAAGAAUUAGAAUCAAGGCUGAAGCAAAUGGAGGCGCUCAUUCGACCUCUUGCCGACAAGCUUCCAGAUGCUGCUGCAGUGCUAGGCACGCUCUCCGAUUCCCCCUCCUCUGCAUCCGUACCUCCCACUCCUGAUCAAUCUCUCCCUCAACAAACGAUGUCAAUUCCCAUGCCCAUGACCGCGCAAACCAUGUUUCCGCCGGCACAACACAUGGUCACUUCAUCAAUCGGCUAUCCUACUGCCAAUAUGGCAAACUCGUCAUCACCCUACUCUCCUUACUCGUCUUAUGGAGCCUCUAUAAAUCCCGCCAUGCAAGUGAACGGACAGCAACUUAUAGCAGGAACUCAAUUGCAACAAAGCUCGGUGCCUCACCAAGUUUCAAUGGGCGCAAUCGAUACCGGUCCUGUGAAUCCAUACAUGAACGGCUUUGCGUACAACUCAAAUCCCAAUGUCAUGCCUGCCAUGCAAGUUUCCACUGGCUUGUCACCGACUUUGUCCCUCAAACCGUCGCCCAAUAUUUCUCCCUCGAUUUCCGCUUCACAAAACUCUGAAGACGAGGACAUUUGGAAUAUCAUUGAUCGCGAUUUUGAUGAGCUGAUGGGUGGUGGCUCAUUUACUCCAGAGAAAUCCCUAGAACAUGAAAAUGGUGAUUUCUUCACUAGUUUGCUUGGGAAUGGGUCCGUCCUUCCGGAUGGAGCGGGACCGGGUCUCGGUAAUGUGCGGCAACGAAGGAGCAUUCCACGUCAAUUGCAAGUGCCAUUCGGUGAGAUACCAUAUGCUCCAUCGUCAGAACCGCCGCAAUUCAAAAGCUGGCCGACGGAAGAAAAGAUACCUCAAGAGGCUUUAGAUGAGCUCCUAGAUCUAUAUUUCACUUAUGCAAAUCCGAUCCUUGGACAUCAAGUACAUGAAAAGGAAUUCCGCCGUACGAUUGCGGCCCAGAGCCCCCUUCUUCUGAAUGCGAUGUAUUGCGUGGCCGCACGUUUUUCGAAACAUCCAUCAAUUCGGAAGAAUCCGGAAAUGAUGUAUCAAGCUGGUGAUGUUUUCUACGCAAAGGCACGGCUGCUCAUCAGUCAAACGGUAGAUGUUCCAACGUUGGACACUGUAUCAGCAUUGAUCAUGCUGAUGACCUAUGCUUCCGGCAGCGGAAGAGCCUCUGCUUCCUGGAUGUAUUCUGGAAUGGCUAUUCGAAUGGCGCAAUCUCUGAAAAUGGAUCUAGAUCCAGAUUUCCAAGAAGUACAAGAUGUUUUUGGCCCAAUGUCAUGGUUUGAGAAAGAGCGACGCCGAAGACUGUGGUGGUGUUGUUUCUUGAUGGAUCGCUAUGCCGCUGCGGCUGCUGACAGAUCGAUGCUGUGCUUGGAAAGGGAUGUGAGAGUAUUUGCGCCUGUGGGAGUUUGGGUUUGGGAAACGAUGAGCCCGGAUGAUGAAGAGCCAAGCGGUGACUCGGAAGGAUCCCACAACAAAUGGCAGCUCACUGUGUUGUCUUCGACUGGAGCGACACCAGCUCAACGACCGCAAGAAUCGUACCAAAGCGAUAGUCCAUUUGAUCACUACAUCACCCUUGGCAAGAUUUUUGGACGCGUCAUGGAAUACACGGGCAUGCUAAAGAGCCCUACACCUUCAUUACCUGGUACUCAAGUCAUCUCAAUGGCGGAAGCGGAAAUCCGAAUGGCGCAACUUGAGUCUGCUUUACGGGAAUGGAUGGCCGGACUACCACCGUGGAUGCGAAAUCCAGGACGAACGUUUGCUGCCAACUGGACGCGGCGAACAGCGGACGGUGCACUAUCCCCACCACCAUGGGAGGUUGCAUACCUGCACUUGUUUUAUAACACGGCUGUGGUGUUAUUGCAUCGGCCAAAGAUGAUGGCAAUUCUGACGCAGGGCCCUACUGUUGCAAUGAGAUCGCCCCAUUUCCUGGCAUCACAGCAGUCGGCCACCGCGGUUGCGACCUUGCUUGAAUUGAUAAUGUCGACCAAUCAAGAACUGCACUGGAUAACUCCAUUUGUGUGUUUCUGCAUUUUUCAGACUGCCCUCGUACACAUUGUUGCGGCUCAAACAAUGCGUGGUGAUGACAUGGCUGUACAAGCAGCCUCUCAACGGGUGAAGACGCACCUCCGAGCGUUGCGUUUGAUGUCGCGAUGUUGGUUGCAGGGGUCAAAAUUGGCAGGCAUCCUCGGGGAUCUUUUCAAAAGCGUGGAGAGCUUCACCUUGAUGGAGAACGUCGGGAAUGAUGCAAAAGCGAUAGCGGAUAGCGGUAGUGGAAACUCAUUAUAAGCUGGACAUUCUAGUCACAGCAAAAAGUUGCCAUGUUCAGCAUUAGAUGUGCGAUGGCAUUGCUGUUGUGAUGCCCUUGUUUCUGUAUUUAUUUUUCUUUUCGGGAAAGGGUAGUCAUGUCAUGGUCUCACAAUUGUAUAGGUAUAGAGUGAGAAUCGCCCAUAAAAUCCACUUUCAAAAACAGGGCGACGCAUGAGAAAAAAUAAACCUGUGCAAAUAGCAUGUUUAAUGUUUUUGUUCUUGGAGGCAAAUACGAGCGACCACUAGGUGGAUAUCCCA